AUGGAGGGGGAAGAAGACAGCUCACGCGCUAUUCCUGGGGCUUCGCUUGGAGGCCUCCCGACACCGGCCUCCAGGGCCAGUUUUCGCUUGGGGAGCGUCUUCAAUGGGCAGGAAAUUGGGUGGGACGAUGCAAUCGCGACGAGGAGGCGUGAAGAGGUGCGGGAAUGGGAGUCUCAAGGACCUGGCCCAGUGACGGAGGAGCAAGGAACACGGGGAAAGGAGAAGGACCCGGAUUGGAGGCCGGCUCCGUGGGAGGCGGCCGACACGAGUGGAGGAUCGGGUGAUGAGGGUUGGGGAGGGAGAGGAGGGCGCCAGGCUGGUGGCAGUGGCGCGCGUGGCAGCGGUGCAGCAGCAAAGAGGCCACGCACGAGUGGGCCUGUGGGGUCGGGAGCUGGAGGGGCCGGGCCGGCGUCGAAUGCGCAGCCGCAGGGGGCAGCCGCGGGUGGUUCUGAUGGGUCGGGCGCAGCAGGGGCAGGUACCUCCGCCGCUGCGGCAGGUGGUGCACCUUUGGGUGGGUCUGCGGGGGCUGGAGCUGCUGCUGUGAUUGCAAGCCAGAGGUCCGACAGGGCGGGCAGGACCCCUACCGACGAGGAGCUGGACCCAUGGACUGAGGAGGUGCUUAGGAAUGCAGAACCCGGGCUGGUUCGUGGCAUGUUCAGUGAGAAGGAUGUGAAAGAAGCUAGGAAUUGCAAGAUUUGCAAGAAGAAGAUUAGCUGGAAAGGUAGUUGCACGAGCACGGGGAAGAGACACCUCAAGAGGAGCCACUACCCCAGUCUGCAGAUCUGGUGUCGGCGUUUCAAGGAUCCAAACAAGCCAGACAACCUGACGUUUCCCGAUGGGGGAUGGGGUCCGGAUGUCCCCGACCAGACAGCGUGGCCUUGGGAGCAUGCAGCCACGUGGCCCAGGAUUGUACAGACACCAGACAGCGCAGUGACUGGCGGAGCCGAGGCUGGUGGGAGUAGGCAGAUGAGCAUGGCCGCAUUCGUCACGCCGCGUGUUCAUGGCCAGCAGCUGCGCGAGGGAUUGGUGCAGCUAUUUGCGGCAGCUGACCUUCCGUUUCGACUUGUUGAGUGUCUCGAGUUCAAAGCAUUUGUCCAGAUGCUGAACCCGGGAGCUGCGCUACUGCUCGGCUCACGCCAUCGCUUGGCACGGGACAUGCAGGCAUACGGGGAGGCUGCUAGGGAGGACAUGCGGCAGCUACUGGUGGGUGAUGGCCUGGCGGGAAGGAUGUCCCUCACCUUUGACAUCUGGACCGGUGAGAACAACGUGGCCUUCAUGGGGGUGACUGCCCACUAUGUCACCAGCGAUUUCCAGCUGAAACAGGCUGUUAUAGACUUCAGGGAGCUUAAGGGCUCUCAUACGGGGGACUUGAUAGCCGAUGAGCUGGAGGAGGUGUUGAGGGAGUGGGGCUUGGAGAAGAUGCUGUUCGCCGUGACGUGUGACAACGCCGAGAACAACAGCAGGGCGAUGCGUCUGCUGGCCGGUGUACCUGACGCCAGGCCGGGCUCACGGCCCAGGCACCCACCACUGCUCAGUCGCUGGAGGCACUUCAGGUGCGUGGCGCACGUCGUCAACCUUGCAGUGCAAGCUGCACUGAAGGUUGACGAGGUGGCCGAGCCACUCAAGAGGCUGCGAGACGUGGCGAACUACAUCGGCUGGUCCACACUGCGCACAGAUCGUUUCUUCGAGCUCCAGAAGGGAUACGCGGCGACCCGGCCCCAGGGUCCUCCGGGUUCUCGGCGACCAUCGGGUCCGUUGCGUUUGAUCGUGGACUGCCUGACGAGAUGGGGUUCUACACUCCACAUGGUGAACAGGGGCUUCGAGCUGCGCAUGCCCAUUGCCAUGUUUUUCGACGAUUCAGAUGUACAUAUGUCCCACCAUCCCAUGCUAGUCCCAUCAUCCCAUGCAUGUGCCACCAUCACAUGCAUGUGCCACCAUCCCAUGCAUGUCCCAUCAUCCCAUGCAUGUGCCACCAGCCCAUGCAUGUGCCACCAUCCCAUGCAUGUGCCACCAUCCCAUGCAUGUGCCACCAUCCCAUGCAUGUGCCACCAUCCCAUGCAUGUGCCACCAUCCCAUGCAUGUGCCACCAUCCCAUGCAUGUGCCACCAUCCCAUGCAUGUGCCACCAUCCCAUGCAUGUGCCACCAUCCCAUGCAUGUGCCACCAUCCCAUGCAUGUGCCACCAUCCCAUGCAUGUGCCACCAUCCCAUGCAUGUGCCACCAUCCCAUGCAUGUGCCACCAUCCCAUGCAUGUGCCACCAUCCCAUGCAUGUGCCACCAUCCCAUGCUGUGCCUCCAUCUUUACAACCCAUGUGACCCAUACCAGUCAUCCAUCAGCAAGGAGACUAAGAAGGCGUGGGACGCCAUCAGGUUGACGGAUGCGCACUGGGACGACCUCGCCGAGCUCCGAGACUUCCUCACCCCAUUCGAGCAAGUCACCCUCUUCGCCGAGGGUUCCCUGUACCCUACCCUCUCAGCCGUUGUACCGCAGUACAACGCGCUGAUUGAUCUGCAGGAGAAGGCACAGCUCACUCCUGGCAUCUCCCCUCUGCGCUCAUCGCUGAUCACUGCUGCUCUGAGCAAGCUGGGAGACACUGAACGGCUUGAGGGCGAUGGCUAA